AUGUUGGCUACAGGAGCUCUGCUGCUUCUCCUCAGUGUGCACACUGUUCAUGGAAAUAACCCGAAUGUCGAUGAAUACUGUAAGAACCUCGACGGCGAUGAUUACGUGGACAUCCCCACCGAUGCCCCUAGUGUCAGGUGGGAUUUUGGUGACUGGCUGAUCGACCUCCUGGACCUACCCACUGCCUGUGAUCAAAACCCCUGCUUCAACGGGGGUUCUUGCCGCAGCACGUCUCGCACAGAGUUCACAUGCUCCUGUCCCGAACCGUACGCCGGCAAAAGGUGCCAGAAAGUGAAAAAUGUUUGUGAGAAUGCCAAAUGCGGUGCUGGUGACUGCCUUAUUAAUUUGAACAAACAACCAUUUUAUGAGUGCAAGUGCAGACCCCCGUACCAAGGUCCAGACUGCAAGACCUUGCCAGCGUCUCCCUGUCAACCAAACCCCUGCAAAAAUGGAGGCUCCUGCAUUAAAGGGAACCGCCGCUUCCGCUGUGCCUGUCGCAAUGGAUUCACCGGGAGGUUGUGUGGAACUGCUCCCACCGACUGCUACGUUGGGUCUGGAGCGGACUACAGGGGCGUCGUCAGUACGACAGAGGAAGGGAUCGAGUGUCUGGACUGGCAUUCGUUUUUCAUCACACAAAACGGGGAAGAUCCUUACGUCAUGUAUUCAGACUUUGACGGCCUGGCAGAGAACUACUGCAGGAACCCUGACGGUGAUGAGAAGCCGUGGUGUUUCAUUAAAAAGCAUGGAGAACUGACCUGGGACCACUGCAACGUCAAGAAGUGUUCUACAGCUCCAGCUCCAGCCCCGCUCCCGACGCCGUCCAGGCCGGACGCCGGUCCCGCCCAGUUCUCCCAGUGUGGGAAAUCCCAGCCCCUUCGCACUUCCAGGAUCCACGGGGGCAGGAAGUCUUUCCCAGGUGCCCACCCCUGGCAGGUGUCGCUGCAGAUGAGAGACCGGGGCUCCAAAGGAUUGUACGGACACAUGUGCGGCGGCAUCCUGAUCUCCUCCUGCUGGGUCCUCACCGCCGCCCACUGCAUUCUCCCAAACAAGGAGUACCAGGUUGUGCUGGGAGGAGUGAACCUCCAGAGGCAAGAGGAAAUGGACCAGACCAUCCCGGUCAUCCAGACCAUCGUUCAUGAGAACUACAGGUCGACUCCCGCAGCUCUUUACAAUGACAUUGCUCUCCUUAAACUCAAAGUUACGGACAGUCCUUACUGCGCGAAGGAAACUCGCUUUGUGAGGACGGCCUGUCUGCCCGACCGGCCGUUCCCUGCAGGGAAGGAGUGUGUGAUCUCCGGAUGGGGACUCACCGAAGCAUAUAGCUACAGCCCCCAGCUGCUGAACGCUCGAGUUUUCCUGAUCUCUGAAGACCGAUGCAAAACUCCUCAGAUCUACGGGAAUCUGCUGGACAGCAGCAUGUUGUGUGCAGGCAUCCUGCAGGGCGGCGUGGACUCCUGCCAGGGUGACUCCGGCAGCCCCCUGGUGUGUGAACAGAACGGGACACACUAUGUGACCGGGGUGGUGAGCUGGGGCCAAGGCUGCGGCCAGAGGAACAAGCCCAGCAUCUUCGCCAACAUUCACACCUUCCUCAACUGGAUCAAAUCCAAGAUGAACUGA